AAAUCUCACGAUUAACUGCGAGACUUUGAAUCUCCAAAAUUUUGUCCGGACCAAAGAGCGACAUCCGAUGUGGGGGGAUCGCCACCCGGAGAUGCUCGGGUCAAGAGAGGGGUCCUACACUUGGAUGAACCGGGGGAGGAGAGAGCGCCGCGAGGCUGUCAUGUAAGCUGUCUCCUCUGGGGGCCACCUCUCGGUUCGUGCUGCUUCCUGCCUCAGGUAGAAGCCUGUGUUUCUCCUGCCGUGGUUUCAGGGCUGCUCUCUCUCUCUUCUCUGCUCCCUCCAGCUGAGCAGGCAAAACAUCCUCUGCUGCAAGCACAAAAAUGGAGAAGGUCUGCUCAGAGUGCACAGAGCCAACACUUGCACAGAGUCUCUGUACGCUGUGCAACAAGUGGCUCUGCUACCAGUGCACUGACAUGCACCAGCACCAGAGAGCCUCCUCCCAGUAUGCAGAUUCUUUCCAGCAGCGCCAGCAGCAGAGAGCCAGUGCCGCCCAGUGUCCUGAUCUGCACCAGAGAAGCUCCAGCUCACUGCCUCCUACUGGACAAGGCCCCGGGUUGUAUCCUUGCUCCUUCCUCAUGUGCCACGCUCACCGACAGGAGCCCUUGGAACUUUUUUGUGAGUCAUGUGACCUUUUGUGCUGCAGCAGCUGUCACCUGUCCUCCCACAAAAACCACAGGGUGGUGCAGACUGGCAAGGCCCUGCAGGAUCAGCAGUGGCUGUUUGAAAACCUGAUGAUGCAAGUGGAAGAGAGGCGGUCUUCAGUGGAAAACAGUGCAAAACAAAUAGAGGACAGACUGCAUGGAGUAAAGAUUGCACACAGGAAGGCAGAGAACCAGAUUAAAAUGGCUAAGAUGAUUAUGAUGAAUGAACUUAACAAACGAGCCAACCUAUUAAUAGAGCAACUGGAGAAGAUUUCAGAGGAGUUUCAGCAGCGUCUGGAGGACCAGCUGCAGGGGGCAAUAGAGAUCUGUGGCCAGCUGGAGCACAUUCAGAAGUUCAACACCUGGGCCACGACCCAUCACUGCAGAGGCCCGGUGCUCUUCAGCAGGGCUUCGAUUUCUCUUCAGAUGCAGCAGCUGCUGGAGGCGUCUCUCCAGACAGACUCUAAUCCUGUCAAGAUCAAGUUUAACUGGGAUGCCAGUUACUGGACAAAGCAGAUUUCCUCUUUUGGUCAGCUAACUGUUGAGGGGGGAAAUUGCACUUACCCUUCAGGAUUGCCCUGUUCCAGUAUUUUAAGGCCCCAGCCCAUCGCCUGUUUGACUCUGCCCGCCAUGUUUCACCGAGGCCAAGAGCCAGGCUGCGGCUAUCAGGCCUGCUGCGAGCCUCAGAUGUGUUGCCUCCAUAGCAUUCCCAGUCAGCUGGAGCUGACCAGUCUGGACAAAAGCCAGAUGGAUAGCACUCUGUAUAACUCCAGCUGUGUUCAGCCUGCUAAUUUCUCUGCUUCAUUGAGCCAGAGUCAGCAGCUCCAGAGGUUUUGGGAGACAGAGAGCUCCCUGCCUUGCCCUCCUCCUACAUCUCCUCUCCCAGGACCCAUCCAGCUCAGCUGUAGCCAAGGAUCUGCAUCGCAAGAACCUCAGUCUUUAACCUAUGUCUCCUGUCACAAACUUCAGAGAGAAAUUGCUCCAGACAGUCACACUCACCGUAAGAGUCUGGGUCAGCGAGACAGUCACACUCACCGUAGGAGUCUGGGUCAGCGUAAGGGGAAGUUGUCUACGAGUCCAGCUCUGCAGCAAGAGGUCAGUCACAAUGUGAGGGACAAAGAUGUGAUAAGUGAGGAGAGCUGGGAGGAGAGGUGUAGAGGGGCGAAGACCUGUACACAGACAGCGGAAGAUGAAAGCAGAGAGCUUCUGGAUGAGGAGCUGGAGGCAGACAGAAGGGGUCAGAGUCCGGUCCAGCAGCAUCAGUUGCAGCUUCAGACUUGUUUAGCAGCACACCAGCAGAGGACCAAACCUGCUCUCACGCUCAGAGUCCAUAGAGAUGGCAAGAGGUCCACGUCCCUGGAGCUGUCUGCCAGAGCCUACGAGCGUGCCUCGGAUGUGCAGAGCAGCAGGCUCAGCCCCAAUUCAGUGUGCACAACGAGGAAGAGGCGCUCACGGAGCAUCCCAACCGAGCUGGUGGCACCAUCCUCCAGCCCCUACACCGAAAGGCCUGCUGCUGGAUGCAUGAACAGCCGGGAGGCAGUAGUUGCGAAGAAGUAUGAUAUCAUGGAUCUAAAACAAAGGAGAGCUUCAGAUGGAGGACUUUGUAUCGUCAAUGAAACUGUCUCAACCCAAACCAAAGGACUCUCUCCUUUGCUUCCCUAUAAGACCGAACCAGAUCACCCAACUGCUUUUGUAUAUGAAGAGAUUGAUUUUGAAGCCAAGGAGAAGCACAGACAGCCAAGAAACAGCUUUAGCAGUGAUGGGGAGUCUCAGAAGGACUCUGGGAGGUCCAGGGUCCCAGUGGUUUGCUUAGAGCGUCUCAAAAUACUCGUGUCGCAGCUUCCCCCAAAUGGACGAAGACAAAGCGACCCUUUGCCUGCCAGCGAGACAGACAAGAGUGAAGGCCUUCCCCAUCACAGUACAUGGCACACAGUAAUGCAACACGUGUUAUGCAAACUGAACACAUUCAAACAAGUAAAAAAUGGCAGAUUCAUAAAUGCUGAUAUCUUAAAUAUCUGGAAUAAGGGAAAAGCUGGGGGGUCUGACACCAGAAGGACCACCUGCUCACUCACAGAGCGACCCACUCGCAGCCCGUCUGCCACCUAUACUGACACCUGUGACUUUAGCAACAACAACAGCGGGACGCCCAGCUCCCACACAGCAACCGUACUUCAUACUGACUCCACGUAUGUGCCAGAAAGUCACUCUGCGCUCGAUCUGGACUCUGACUCAGAUCCCAGGUCCUCAAGUUUGGACGUCAUCUGUUAUCCGACUGAUCCAGACCCCCUGCUAAACUUAGAUGGGUCACUGGAUUCUGAUCCAAAUGCAGCAUCUUCCUCCGAGGUUGCCUCCGAGUUUGAGCUUGUUGCUGGAAGGGAAUCGGCAGGGUCAGGUGAGAUUAGACAAUAUGGGGAUUCAGAACCAAGCCUUGAGUAUGAGGCGGAGCCAGACACGGGUGCAGGAGCAGGGUCAGACAACGGUCAGGGGUUGGAUGCUGACGCAGAAUCAGGGGAUGCUGAAACACAGUCUGACACCCAGCCUGAAAAUGAUCCCAGUUUUCAGGCUGAAACUGACUCUGACGCUAUACCCAGUCAGCCUCCAGAUUCUCAGGGCUCCGUGGAGUCCGAUCUUGACUUGGAGUCUGAACCUGAACCGACAACUGAUGACCCACAGCCGCUUCGUUCUGACCUGGAGGAGGAACCGCAGAUGAGUCCAGGUCCGAGGCAACUUUUGAUUGCAAACCCUGCAGCUCAAAGGGACACAGAGGACAGUCAGACAGAGCAGGACGUGGAUGGAAUGGAGAGUGAGGACUUCUGUGCGGUCUGUCUGAUUGGAGGGGAGCUGCUGUGCUGUGAUCGAUGUCCAAAGGUCUUCCACCUGUCUUGUCAUGUCCCGCCUCUGCUGAGCUUCCCCACAGGGGACUGGGUGUGCAGCAUUUGCAGAGAUGUUUUGCAGCCUGAAGUUGAAUAUGACUGUGAGAAUGAGAGAUCAUCUGGAGCAAACACUGCACAUGGACUGUCUGCCUGCGAUCAAAGAACAUGCGAGCGACUGGCUCUUUUGAUUCUCAGCAACAUCUUGAGUGCUCCUUUCCAAGAACCCGUCAGCCCACUUGCACGUCAUUACUACCAGAUCAUCAAGAGGCCAAUGGAUCUGUCUGUGAUCAGAGCUAAACUCAGUAAGGGGAGUCCCAGACAUUACAGCUCCCCGGACCAGUUUGUUGCAGAUGUCUAUCUCAUGUUCCGCAACUGUGCUAAGUUCAAUUAUCCCGACUCGGAGGUGGCACAAGCAGGCCGCAGCCUCGAGGCAUUCUUCACGUCAAAGCUGAAAGAAGUUUUCCCAGGUAGAGAUUUCCCGAUGGCUGAGGUAGACUCUGACAGCGAUGAGUACGACGAGGCCUGCAGGGCCACCGAUGGCAGCUUCCUCUGGCCAGAAAGGAGGGAGCAGUGUUACAGGAAGAGGAAGAGAAGGCAGUCGCUCAAGUCGAGGAGGCAUCACUUCUAACUGGAUGGUGAUCGGAAAUAAAAUGUGCUUACAAAAAGGUUUUAUUAUAAUUCGACAAUUUUUAGGUGACAGGCUAUGGGGUGACAAGAGAGAUUUUAUUCUCUGAUUCAUCUUUAGUUGACCAAUGUUGUGGCUUGUUGUAAAAUGUCAGUGCUGCCAUCUGAUGGCAGCUGAAUAUAUUCUCUUUAGUUAUUUUCCCUGCUGGCAGCUAAUCAAAGGAGAUGAACAUGUAAAAAAGUAGUUUUGGUGGCAGAGUGUACGCAACAAAGUUUAUGAAGUUCCUCUUGUAGCCAUAACCAUGUUCAGUUUAUCACUGUAAGAGCUUCUUUAUCAUAUCACAUAUUAACCCUCUGAUGCACUGUAUUGCUUACUGCUUUAUCUAUUUACAUAUAGACUUGUAAUCAUGCACGCUUUCUGCUUUAUGCUGUAUUGUGCAGACAGGAUGGUGUAGCUGGAUGUUUUUGGAACUUUAUAAUACAUGGACUUACAUUUUUUUUUAAAGUGACAUGGUUCUCAGUAUAAACAGAAAUGUUAAAAUGUUAAUGCUGGUAAAUUCUGUAAUGUUUUUACACAUAUAUGUUUGGCAUAUUAUACAUGUUUUCCUGCAUAGAAACAAAUCUGCUGUUGUUUCCAGUUACAAAAAGAAAUAUCUUUGGUUUCUUCUUGACAUAAUUUGGGUUUUGGAGUGUCAUUUAAAUGGCAGCUGAAAAUCAUCUCUUAUUUUGUAUUUUUAAACAGAGAGAAAUGGAGGGUGUGACUGUGAGCACUGUACCUUCUGGUAAAGCUAUAGGAUAAGAAAUAUAUUGACAUAGGAUUUUAUGUGUUAAACAAUAAAAAAUGAGUUUUACAUUGAAUCAUAAAUAUGUAGAACAAGAUUCAUCCAUGCUCUACAAAGACUUUCCAAUUUCAAUAACUCAGACUGAGUAAGAAAGUAUGCUACAGAUAUUAUUCAUGGCUCUAAAAAUGUCAGUGUUCUUUGUACAACCAAUGCUGUUUGAAAGGAAAUAUGUAAAUUCAUAACACCUCAAAUCAUUUCCUGUUUACAAAUACUUUAUGCUACUGCAGCUCAAACUCAACAUCGCCUAACUUUUAUCCGCUCCAUAGACGAAUGUACAAUAUAUGUCAUUAAAUGUAGUAUUUCCUUUUGUUUUGAGGAUGACUGACCAACUUUACGAACUGUCUCUGUUUGAGUUUGUUACUUUCCUUAUUUUUUCACUGUAAAGGCUUAAAAUAAACACAUGCACAAUAUACUAA